AUGUUCGCACCAAUGUAUUAUUCCAGAUUGUGCAGUGUCAAAGUUACUAUGGCGAUCCUCGGAAUCUUCUAUCUGGAAAGAAUAUAUGCCUCUAUUUCCAUAAUCUACAGAAUGUUUGACAAAAAUUGUCUUGCCACGCUUAGUCUCGAUUAUUUCGGACUCAUGUACGAAUAUCCCACCUGCAACAAAGACAUGAAGAAUGGUUUCGAUAGUCCAUUAGUUGUUCUUGUUCCUUUGGCUGCGUUCGUGUUCACUAUCGUUCUCAAUUUAAUCACUUUUGGGAAGAUUAUGCAUUUUUAUGUUGGGAAAAAAAGUAUGGACUCUGAAAACUUGGUUGCUGUCAAGAACAACAUUCGAUUAUUCUUUCAAACCGUACUCCAGGAUUCUUUGUUUUUCAUUGAUAUGCUCUUCACGUUCAAAUUGAGCUCACUGAGCGAUGGACGUGUUUGGGCGCUGAUCAGUCAGAUGCUAGUAUGGGAAUCGAUUCAUAUGUUGGAUGGAUUCAUCAUGCUAAUGUUUUCAAACAGACUGUCGAUUUUGAAAUCGAAAAUUUUCAAGUCCAACCAAAACAAUGUGGAUAGAAGGAUGUUUCAAAUCGGAAGAUCAUCGAACACUCUUCCAGAAGUUGCAUGA